AAAUGGUGUUCUAUCUGCUUCUGAGAAUGGUGAGUCCAGUGCCUCUUCCACUGACAAAAAUGUUGGCAAGAAACCGUGGGAGCAUCCAACGACGCCAUCUGAAAUGCGCCGAGAAGCAUCUAACUGGACACUAGCAGCUGAUGCUGGGCUGCUGCUGCUCCUGCAAGACUUCUCACAUCGAAUGACUGCGAAAACUCAUGAUGUCGAGAAGCAAGUCGAUAGCCUUGUGAGAGAUGCUCACUUGUCAAGCGCACAUGUAUACAAUGUGUUCAACGACUUUCUUCACCUAUCCAACACCCAGUUUAUAGAGACUCGUGUUUAUGACGAGGAAGUAGAAGAAAGCAAACAAAUGGAAGAGAAACCGAAAGAGAAGACGAAGGAGCAGCAGGAAUCUGAGCUGAUCGAGCGCAUGUCACAGGCUGUCCGGCUCGGAUUCGCCGUCGUCGACCAAUCAUUUGACAAGCUGGAAAUGAGCACAGGUGAUUCGGAUGCUGAGUCAGAAGAAGAAGACUACGCCCAGACACAGGAACUGAUCCUUGAGGCAAAGGACCCGUACGUUCACCGCCCACUGCCCCACAUCAUUGGCACCCCUGCCUUUGCACAAGAUGAGGACGUCGGUCUAGGGGACAUCUCCAGUGAAGGUGACGAGAAUGACACAGAGGGCGCCAGUGCAUUUAGUGAGCAGUCGGAUGAAUAUGACACAGCCUCGGAAACAGAGUCUGACGAACAGGUCAGACAACGAAGGAAAUUGUCGGACACUUCAGAGUCAUCCACUAAUGAAGAGAACCUGUUUGAAGAAAAAGAGAGGGACAAUGAAAAACACUGGAGUGAUGAAGAAGGGGAGGCGGAAGAGGAGGAAGAGGAGGCUGGGCAAGAGAAAAGAGUUGCUGCUGAGUUGUCUUCCAAAUUCCAACCAAAUGCAAGGAAAGAUACUAAGGCCACAGAGCGGCAGAGGUCUAGUUCCAAUCGGAGUCACCACAGGGAAUCCAUUAACCAAAAGAAGAAAAGAACUAAAUCAAAGGCAGAACGAUCACAAAGCAGUGACAAAGAAGAAGACCUGUUUGGCGGUUCCCCGCAAGAAGGGAACGACGACGACGAUCCUUUUGCCCGGAGCUCUGGUCUGUUCUCCAGCAAAGGAGGGCUCUUUGACCAGGAGGAAGUCGAGGACCAAGGCCUAUUCGAUGACCCUACUGUACAGACGAAGACGAGAGCGGCAUCCAUUAAGGAGGAGGUACAGCAAGAGGAGCUAGAGCAGGAGGAGAGACUCAUUGAGCCAAGGAGGGAGAGAACGAUGAGUGGCAAGAAGCUCCCACCUGGUGCUGUUCCUCUCUUUGGACAAGGUAGAGGUGUUGAGGAGGCCGUAAAACCUGAGGGUUUAUGGCGACGGUAG